AUGCCUUCCACGACCUCCGGCAACGGCAGCGAGACGGGCCGCGUCUUUGGUCCUCCCAUGUCACCACUCACGACAGACGACGAGACGAACCGACCAGAUCCUAUUUCCUCGUCGAGGUCGCCUGGCAAGAAGAACAAGAAGAGGCGACCAAAGGGGGUGGACAGUGAUCUCCCGUCGUCAGAGGCAGAUGCAGCUCACGAAGAGGCGGAGGACGGCGGAAAUAAGCGGAAGAAGAAGAAGGUGCGGAGGAAGCAGGCCGAAGUUCAGGCCCAGGCUGAGCAAGACGAAGGCCGUGAUGCAGUUGUCGAGGAUUGGCAGCCCCAUGAGCGCCAUGAGGAGCUGCAAUCGCCCAAGCGGAAGCCGAGAAAGCGGAAAAAGAAGGCCGCGCCAAGCAACAACGGUGAACACGAACCGCAGAAUAGCAUACACGAGGACAGCCUGAUCAAUGGCGACCCUGGCUCUUACAGAGAAGACGAGCUUCAUCCAAUGGAUGGACUGCACAGCCAAGACCCAGCACGCGUUGGAACACUGCAGCCUGCACCUGAAAUCGUGCAAACCCCCCCUCUGAAAAAGAAAAUGCGGCCGAAGAACAAACAGCGCGACGCUGUCCAAAGCCCUGAUGCUCGCCAGGUCCUCCUGCCCUAUACCGACGGAAGCUCACCGCCAUCUGCCCAACAGCCUGAUCAAGAGCUCUAUCAUAUUCUUCGUUACGAGCCAGUGUCGGAGGGCGAAGCAGGAGAAGACGCCAUCAUCCCUUCAAACCAGUCUCACAAGACCCAGAGAAGCGGAUCAGGCCAGGCCAAUUCUCAACGAAUCAAGCUCCAAGACCCAGAUGUCGGUGAUGACGGGCACCCACGGUUUGGCUUUGCCGGUAUAGCGGCCGGCAGCUCCGCAGAUGCUGUCAAGGACCCAGCAGCUGAGACACUGCGCGACGAAAAUGACCCAACUUCAGGUCUCACAUGGCUUCACAAGCGCAAGAGGCAGGCUGCAGAGGACACGCCUAGUACAGACGGAAGCAGCAGCGACCACAAAAUGGAGGUGGACGAGACCUUUCCUGAAAUCCAGCAAAGCCAGGUCAAGCUGGAACGCGAGUUUGACAGCAGCACCGACUCUGGUGUGAAUACUGACUCGAGUCCUGAUUCUGACACCGACUCCCCGAGUGUCGCAAGACUGGACAGGCUGUCAAGGUCGAGAUCACGAUCCGUCGCGUCGGUAUCGCUAUCCGGUGCGCUGGCUGAUAAGCAGCCGAGCCAUCUCCGCCUAAGAGCAAUGACAGUCCGCCCAAAAGGCGAGCUCAAAGGGCCAAUGUGGGCAGAAAUAAAGCAUCCCAACCAGUUGAGACUGCGGAGAUCCAAGAACCCGCAGAAAAUGUUCAUGGAGCGGAUAGGAAUGGGUCUGACCAUCCAGAAAAAUCGAAUGUCAGGUUCUGCGGAGGCUCCUCAGUCAAUCACGGCUGCAAAGCUGGAACAGAAUGGUGUGUCAGAUGACGAGCUUCCUAUAGAAGAUAUGCCGCAUGUUGAGGAUGCGACUGAGCCCAUAAUGUCUGCCAGUCAGCUGGGGAAGACCCCGAAACGCAAGGCGAAACCAUCUGUGGCAUCGGACAAUGAGGAACCAGAGCUGGCCGACUGUUCCGGGGAUGCAGCAUCAGCACCAGGACACAUGGCUGAGAGUAAGCUCCCGUUCCCGCAAGUUGGGACGGCGGCCACAAACAAGCACGGGGAACCGCCCGCUGGUCACAACACGCCUAACGUUUCCACGGCUCCCCGUAAUGAUAGUGUCGGACCCGAGGAGUCAGCCAGCCAGCCACACCCGCAGCCAAAAGGAAGAAAGAAGAGAAAUCUUCAAGGCAAAACGUCUCUAGCACUGUCCCUAUCUCAAAUUGAAGGCGAUGAAGAUGCAACAGAGGGCCAGUCCAGGCUGUCUACCUUCUCUCAGCAGGCAAAGGCCAAUGAUGUAUCGAAAGGCGGUAGCAAUGAUCCCGAGCAGAGCGAGGUCGGUGUCUCGCAAGAAGCAAGCCCGGCGCCGAAAGCUCGCAAGACAAAAAAGAGGCGUCGUACUACAGACGCGUCCGAGGAUGAUGAGCUGGAGAGUCUUCUGGCUGCAGGCCCAUCCAAGUCACGCAAGAAAGCCCGCAAUCUGAAUCUCAGCGAUGAUGAAGGCGGUCAGCAGCGAAAGCGGGCUCCCUCCAUAAAGGACAAGGCUACUGGGCCUUGGCAAGAGGAUGAGCUCAGUGCUCUUGGCAGGGUGGUGGAUGGAUUUCGUGAUGCCCAUGGCAUGGAACAGCACGAUAUGAAUCAGCUCAUACAUGAAGUGCCAAAGAAGACGGAUGAUCUCAAUCAAAGCUUCUGGAACCAGGUAGACCUCGCCAUACCGCGACGGACCAGAAAGCAGAUUGUCGAGCGGGCACGGCGCCUGUAUAAUAAUUUCAGCGGUCGCGGGAGGUGGACGGAGGAAGAGAAGGAGGAGCUCCACGAGCUGUUUGAGCAAUACCCUAAAAAGUGGGCUCAAAUCGCCGGCAUGGUGAACCGCGAUCAGAAGGACAUUCGCGACUAUUGGCGAAACCACUACGUUGUCCACGAGAACCAGGUUAAAUCCCGCUGGAGCGAAGAGGAAGAAGUACGCUUCACAGACGUCGUCGUGGAAGCCCUUGGCAAAAUCCGCAUCAUGCGGGAGAACAACGACGACUUCCGACCCCGUCCCCGUGGCAAUGGUACCACGGACGAUGCCUUACUCGACUGGCAGCAAAUCAGCGCGGCCAUGAACUUAACCCGCUCUGCUCGGCAGUGCAGGUGGAAAUGGAUUGACAUGCGCGAGAAGGGCUUCGUUGGAGAUGUCAGCAUCGUCCAGCCCAAUCAGCCCCGUAGCAGUCCUAGCGGAGGCGGCGACGGGGGCGGCGGCAGCAGCAAUCUGGCUAACGGCAUUAGCGAAAAGCUCGCCAAUGCGCGUGAGGACUUCCGCGGCAUGAGCGAGGAGGAACUGCUCCGCCUGGUUGAAGCCAUCUACGAAAGCGGUGCGCGCGAUGAUGCUCACAUACGCUGGUCUGGGCUCGUGGAUGAGCGCUUUCGAAACAAAUGGCACCGGCCCAGCCUCAAGCUCGCCUGGUACCGCCUACGGAACUCGUGUCCCGACUAUGACAAACAAGAUCUCGAGACGAAUGCGCGGCACCUCCUCAACUACUACGCCUCUCAUCGUGCGUUCCGGCGUCUCGGCGACAACCAGGCCGACGAGCAAGUGGAGGAGAAACUUGUCCGCGGCUCCAGUGGAAGCCGCACCUGGAAGAAGCCCUCUGAUGACCCGCGUGCAAUUCGUGAGAGACAGAGGCGGUCCAGCAGUGCCAGCAGUCGUGCCAGCAGUCGUGCCAGCAGCCGGCAGACUCACAAGGUCUCGGGCGAGAUCCUCAGAAUCGACGAUAGCGAUGAGGGAUCUGGCGCUGACGUGAGGAUUAGGAUUCCCAACCAUCUCAAGGGCGAGGAAGCUAAGAAGGCUCUCGACAAGGCCAGAGCCAAGGCGUCUGCCGAGGUCAAUGGGAAUGCUCCGGCCAGGGGUAUGAGGUCGGCGAGUGUUGCUGUUGAUUCGGACUCGGAGUGAGUCAAACAGCCUGGUCGUGUUCACGCCAGUCCAAUUCUUACUGGUCGUUGGUCGUGUAGUCUUCUAUGGGAAUAGCCAGGAAAUCCUUAAGGGCAAGAUCCUUGUCGAUAGUUGCGGGAUACCGAGAUUCAUAUCCUAGCACGGGGUAUGGAUACAGUACUACCCUUUCGUGAUCGCUGUCACAUGGCGUUCGGUUUCGGGCGGUUGGUAAUACAGGCAUGUGAGCGGGUAAGGCACAUUUGAACCUUGGGAGGCAUGAUAGCAUUGAGCAGAUAACACUACUGUACAGUUAU